UCUUUCUUAGUCUGGAAAUUUCCCAGCAAAAGCAGAAGUAAGCAAGUCCCUGGGGACAAACAGUUGCAGGAGCUGACCGAUGAAAAAUUGCGGCAGAUUACAAAAAGACUAUGUCAUUCUGUUUACCAGAAUGAUUACUUGGGAAUACCUCAAGGAUUUCAAGUGAAGUCAGCAUUCAGUCUUCCCACCAACUGGAAAGACAAUGUACCUUAUGGGAAAAACUCAACUCAGCAUGAGAACUACCAGCCUCCGCAGCAGCUGCAGGAACUGACUGCAGCCACCACACGUUAUGGGAGCAAUGUGAACAAACAAGUACCAGCCAUAGCAGCAAUUCCUACUGCCAAUAAGAGAAUGAUUGGAGUGAAUGCAAAAACAACAUAUGAUAGUCACUUUAAUGACAAUGUUGGCUCUGUGACUGAACAAAUCAGGGAUGCCAGCCGAAAACAAGAAGCAGAAACUCUGAGAAAAAUCUGUGACUUUAAGAAAGGUAAGAAUCCAAGUCUCGCUGCUAGUCUUAUAGCUCAGAGAACUCAUUCAGCCAGGUCCUAUCAGUCAAUUCCUCCUGCUACAAACACAAAGUCCCCACAUGAGGCACCUACACCAAUGACUCCAAUAUUUACACCUCCGUUAUUUUUAUCCUAA